AUGGCUCAGGUUCCACCUCAACCUCAAGUUCCCAACUCCGGUGCCGAUCCGGCGGCCAAUGGAGGGGCAAAUCAGCAUGUGACGACGUCGUUGUAUGUUGGGGAUCUUGACGUCAACGUCACCGAUUCCCAGCUUUAUGAUCUUUUUAAUCAGGUGGGGCAGGUGGUUUCUGUUAGGGUUUGCAGGGAUUUGACCACCCGCCGAUCGCUUGGUUAUGGUUAUGUCAAUUACAGCAACCCAGUGGAUGCUUCAAGGGCAUUAGAUGUGCUAAACUUCACCCCUUUGAAUGGGAAUCCCAUUAGGGUCAUGUAUUCACAUCGUGACCCUAGCGUGCGGAAAAGUGGGUCUGGAAAUAUUUUUAUCAAGAACUUGGACAAGGCAAUUGAUCACAAAGCGUUGCACGAUACUUUUUCUGCAUUUGGAAGCAUUCUAUCUUGCAAGGUUGCUACAGAUUCAUCUGGCCAAUCUAAAGGCUUUGGUUUUGUGCAAUUUGACACUGAGGAAGCUGCCUUAAAAGCUAUAGAAAAGUUGAAUGGUAUGCUGCUAAAUGACAAGCAGGUGUUUGUGGGACCUUUCGUUCGCAAGCAAGAAAGAGAAAGUGUCAGUGAGAAAACAAAAUUUAAUAAUGUUUUCGUUAAGAAUCUAGCAGAAACUACAACUGAAGAAGAUUUGAAAAAUAUGUUUGGGGAGUUUGGACCAAUCACCAGUGUUGUGGUGAUGAGGGAUGGGGAAGGAAAAUCAAAAUGCUUUGGCUUUGUAAAUUUUGAGAAUGCGGAUGAUGCUGCUAGAUCUGUUGAAGCACUUAAUGGAAAGAAGGUUGAUGGGAAAGAGUGGUACGUUGGAAAAGCCCAGAAGAAAUCUGAAAGGGAGGUUGAACUGAAAAAUCGAUUUGAGCAGAGUGUAAAAGAAGCCGCUGACAAGUAUCAAGGUGCAAACUUAUAUGUUAAGAAUUUAGAUGAUAGCAUUGACGAUGAUAAACUGAAGGAGUUAUUCACUGGGUUUGGAACCAUUACCUCAUGCAAGGUUAUGCGUGACCCCAAUGGAAUCAGUAGAGGAUCUGGCUUUGUUGCAUUUUCUACUCCUGAAGAGGCUGCAAGAGCUCUUGCAGAGAUGAAUGGAAGAAUGAUUGUGAGCAAACCUCUUUAUGUUGCACUCGCACAGAGGAAGGAAGAUAGAAGAGCUAGGUUGCAGGCACAAUUUUCCCAAAUGCAGCCAAUGGCAAUGGCAUCUUCAGUUGCUCCUCGUGGCAUGCCAAUGUAUCCUCCAGGUGGUCCAGGUAUCGGACAACAAAUAUUCUAUGGACAAGCUCCACCUACUAUUAUUUCCUCACAGCCUGGCUUUGGUUAUCAACAGCAACUCAUGCCUGGAAUGAGGCCUGGUGGAGGUCCCAUGCCAAAUUUCUUUGUACCAAUGGUUCAGCAGGGCCAGCAAGGGCAAAGAUCUGGAGGCAGGCGUGCUGGGGCCAUUCAGCAAACCCAGCAGCCUGUUCCUCUGAUGCAGCAGCAGAUGCUACCAAGAGGACGUGUCUACCGUUAUCCUCCUGGACGUGGACUGCCUGAUCUUCCCAUGCCUGGUGUUGCUGGAGGCAUGUUCUCUGUUCCAUAUGAGAUGGGUGGAAUGCCACCGCGAGAUGCUGUCCACCCUCAACCAGUUCCUGUGGGUGCUUUGGCUUCUGCUCUUGCAAAUGCAACUCCAGACCAGCAGAGAACGAUGCUGGGGGAGAACCUUUAUCCACUUGUGGAACAGCUAGAGCCUGAUAAUCCGGCCAAGGUAACAGGAAUGCUAUUGGAAAUGGACCAAACUGAGGUUCUGCACUUGCUCGAGUCGCCUGAAGCUCUGAAAGCAAAGGUGGCGGAGGCAAUGGAGGUUUUAAGAAGCGUUGCUCAGCAGACCGGUAAUGCAGCUGAUCAAUUGGCUUCACUAUCCCUGACUGACAACCUUGAUUCCUAAUCUGAAUCUUGCAACAACCCCUUCUGUUUUUUUCAUGAGCCACAAACUUGGUGCUUUUUAUUGACACUUUGAGAUGCGAAGUUCAACUAUUUUUGUUCGAACCGAGUGAUGAUUUCUAUAUUACUGGCAAUGAUUGUGGGAACCUAUGCUUAAGUUUUGUUGUGAAGCGUUUUGCUAUCAUUAACACACUUCAAAUGUGCUAUGGAAGUUACCUUUUAUGAGUUUUGGUUUGAUUGAAAUUGAA